AUGGAGUUGGAAGCGGCCAUGGACAAGUAUCGAUCGGGUGCAGACUCGGCUGAGGCAGCUGUGCAGCAGGAGGCGGUUGCAAAGGAACGGGCACAAGUGGGAAGUAUAUCUCCUGAGGGCAAGCUGGACGUCCGUGAGUUUUUGGACAAGCAAGCGGAGCCCAAUAUGUAUCCCUACGGCCUGUUCGAGAAUGUUGAACUGGAGCUGUUGUGCCUGAGUUCCUGUUGUGCAUGUUAUCCUGGUUGGGACAAUCACAUCGGCCCCAGGGAGUCAGAUGAGCUCGUCUAUGACAAGGGUACCUUGAAGGACCUGGACGGCAACGCCGUCGCCAACCCCGACGGCUCUGCCGUCGCCGUCGCCGCUACUGCGGGCGCCGGCUUCUGCGACGACUCCUACGAAUUGCAAGGCGAGACCGGCGACGGGUCCAAGGCGAGCGAGCUGGCCAACCGCUUCGCGACCACGUACACCGUCGAGGUCUCCCACCACGAGGGCCUGCGGGGAUCCGAGGGCAGGCGCCUGAGGAAGAAGCAGGAGCCCGGGGGCCUCCAGUCCAUGGACAAGAGCCGGGACAACCUGCUGCGCAGCGCCAGCUCGGUGGUGCUGGACCCUGGGAUCCAGAAGCUCGUGAAGGCGUGCCACAAGGCGGAGCACGCGAACACGGCCGAGACGAACGCCGAUUUCGUGCCCGACAUCAAACGCAGGCAAAAGAUCGACCACGUCUCCACCAUAUUCUCCGAGCCACGACGGGAGGAGGACAACACCAGCCACGCCCACAUGUCCUUCGUGAACCACAAAGAGAGGCUCCCGGACAAGAAGCACCACAUGAAGAAGAAUUUCUUUUCGGAAUUCACCGAAGCGAUGCUCCUGCAGUCUGGCAUGAUGUCGGAGAAGAAGUAG